CUUGAGGAGUAUCGGAAGAAGCAACAAGCGAAAUCUGGAGGAAGCUCUAAAGGAGGACAGCAAGACAAGGUCAAGAUGCCAUCAACGGCUCCCACGACUCCGCAGGGCUCGUCCAAUCAGAGCGCGGCACGGCAAUCCCAAGGCCCGGCUUCAAGCAGCACAAGCGACCUCCCCCAGCUGGGCCUGAGCGUGCAGAUCCAACCCCGAGGAUCCACCACCGCCCAAUCAAGAAAACCCAUGCCAAUCCAAUCCCGGGAUUCGCUCCAAAGCCAGCCUAGAGAAUCCACAGGCGAGUCUGCAACCUCCAUGGUGUCGGCAGCAUCCGCAGUGACGGCAGAGUCGGCAGAUUCAGCAGGAACGGCCGUGGGGAGGACGAUCAGCAGCAGCAGCGGCGGCGGGGACGGCGAUUUCAUGACGCCCACAGGCGGCAACACGCCGUCCAGCGCCACCAGCUACGGCUCCGACUCCUCCUCGGGGGGCUUUGUGCUGCGUCCGUUCGCUGCUGGGCCUCGGGAGUUCCGCACCAUCGCCCAGGGCAUCCUGAAUAAGGUGAACCUAAGUGGGGAGCAGCGGGAGCUGCUGGAGGAGGAGCUCGUGCAGCUGCAGGAGCUGCUAGCUCGGUCGCGAGACGAGGAGGAGAGGCUCCGAGCCAAGCUGCAGGGCGACGAGCAGCAGUGGCAGCAGCAGCUGCGGGAAUCCGCAGCCGCUUUAGCAGCCAAGGAGGAGGAAUCCAGGGUUCUGCUAGCUCGGGUGGAGGAGGGGGAGAGGGAGAGAGAGAGGCUCCGGGCAGAGGCGGAUGCGGCGAGGCUUGAGGCUGCGAGUGCAGGUGAGAAGCUAGCUGCGACCAAGGAUAAGCUGGGAGUGGCGAUUAGGAAGGGGAAGGAGGUGGUGCAGCAGCGGGAGGCGCUGAAAGGGACUCUGGCGGAGGAGACUGCUGUGCUGGAACAGUUAAGGGAGGAGCUGGAGCGAGAGAGAGAGGGGAGGAGGGACGCGUUGAAGGCUGUGGAGGUGAAGGAAGGGGAAGUGGCGGAGGGGAGACGGAGGGUGGGUGAACUGGAGGGUGAAUUGGAGGAAGGGAGGAAGAGGGUGGAGGAGUUGGAGGCAGCAGUUGCUGCAGCUGAGGGGAAGGCGGCAGGGAUGGCGGAGGAAGGCGGGGAGAGGGUUAGGGAGAUGGAGGAGAGGGUGAGGGAGGCGGAAGAGAGGGUGCGGGUGGCGGAAGAGGAGGUAGCUGAGGUGAAAAGGCAAGUGGCGGAAGGGAGGGAGCGUGCUGUGGAGCUUCUAGGGCAGGUGGCGGAGAGAGAUGCGCUCCUGGCGAGGAGAGGAGAGGAGUUGAGGGAGGUGGAGGGGCGCGAGAGGGAACUGGAGAGAAGGGUUGCGGAGGAGAUGGAGAGGAGGAUUGAGGAGGGGAGGGAGGAGGGGAGGAGGGAAGUGGAGAGGGAGGUGGGGGUGUGGGAGGGUAGGGUAGAGGAGGAGAGGAGUAAGGCGGAAGAUGCUCUGAAAAAGGCGGAGUGUUUGUCUAAGGAGGUGGAUCAGUUACAGGAGAGGGUUGCAGAGACAGAGGGGCAGUUGGUUGCUUUGCAGACAGAACUUGCUGCAGCGAAGGGGGUGGUAGAGGAGAAGGAGGGAUCGGUGUCAGGGUUAGAGGUGAGCCUGAGUGGGGAGAGGGAGAGAGUGAGACAGCUGGAGGAAAUGGUGGGGACGCUGAGAGGGGAGGUUCAGGAGGCGCAGAAGGCAGGUGGUUCAGAAGCAGACGCGAGAGAAAGGGCGAGAGAGAGGGAGAGUGUGCUGACUCGAGAGUUGGAGUCGUUGCAAGCACAGAAAGAGGCGCUGGUGGGUGCUGUGGAGGAUGAGAGGGCGAUGAGGGAAGAGGCGGAAGAGGCUAAGAGGAGGGUGGAAGGAGAGAAGGGAGAGGUGGUGGAGAAGCAGGGGGAGCUGGAAGCAAGAGUGGAAGAUUUACAGGGGAAGCUGGAUGAGAUGAAUUUACAGGCUAAGGGCUGGGAGGAGCAAGUGGAGGGGCUUAAAGCUGAAGUCGUGGGUUGGCAGGCGAGGUUUGCUGGUCGGGAGCAGGAGUUUGCAAAUUUGACUGCCGAAGCUGAGGCACGGUUGGAAGAGGUUCGGCAGGAGCUGGAGGGGAUGCGAGGGAGGGAGAAGGAGUGGGAAGGGAGGGUUGGGGAGGUGGAGGAGAGAGUGAGGGAGGGUGAGAGAGCGUUGCAGGAGAGUGAGAGGCUGUUGCAGGAGGUGAGGGAGAAGGGGGAGGGGCUUCAGAAGGAGCUCAGUGAGAUGGAAGAGAGAGCAAAGGAGGCUGAGGAACGGAAAAAGGAGGCUGAAGCAAGAGUUGAGGAGGCUGAGAGAAGGAGGAAAGAGGAAGAAGCUAGAUCGAGUGAGCUGUUGCUGCAAGUGGAGGAAGCCAGGAGGAGAGAGAGUGAGGUGAGCGAGGGGAGGGGUGGUGAGAGUGAGGUUGAGGCAUGGAGGGCUGAGUGGAAGGCUGAAGAGGCGUUGCUGCUGCAGAAGCAGGCUGAGAUAGAGGGGCUUUUGGUUGCUAAGGGGCGAGAAUUUCUGGAGCUGAAGGGAGAGUGGGAGAGGGAGAGGGAUGCUUGGGCAACCGAGAGAGGUGAGUGGGAGAGAAAGGCGAAGGGAUGGGCGAUGGAGAAAGAAGAUUUGCUUGGGAGGCUGCAGGGGGAAAGAGAAAAGUGGGAGGAGGAGCAGGGUAGGGUGGAGGAGAGUGAGGGGCAGUUACAGGAACAGGUGGAGGCGGAGAGGAGGAAAGUGGCCGGGUUGAGAGAGGAGAGAGAGCAGCUUCGGAAGAGGUUGGAGGGAUUGGAGGAGGAAGUGGAGCAGGUGCAGGAAGAGGUGGCAGCGGAGAGGCGGAAGGUGGAGGAGUUGAGAGGGAGUUUGGAGGAGGAGGAGAGGCGGUGUGGGGAGAUGGUGAGUGAGUUGCAGGCUGUGGCGGAGGGGAGGGAGGAGGAGAGGAAGCAAGUGGCGGGGCUGACAGAGGAGAAGGAGCAGCUGCAAAGGAGGGUGGAGGGUUUAGAGGAGGAAGUGAAGCAGGUGCAGGGCAAGAUGGAUGAGGUGGAGGAGGAGAAGGGGCAGCUACAGAGUAAGGUGCAGGGGCUGGAGGGGGAGGUGGAGCAGCUGCAGCAGAAGGUGCAGGCAGCAGAGCGGAAGGACGUGGUCACUCUCGCAAAGGUAGUUGCCAGCGAGACAGCCGCAGAGGAAGCAACCAGGCAGCUUCAAUCAGCCCAAGCCGCCCUCGAGGCAAAGCAAGUUGAACUGGCCGCCCUGCAACAGCAAGCAGAGGAGCUGGAAGAAACCCUAGAGCAGCGCGAGACAGAGCUUGAAUCCCUAAAAUCAGACAUCUCGGCGCGAGAGAUGAUCUGGCGUGCGUCGCAAGAUGCAGAGGCGAAGGCAGCAGAGGAUGCUAUUGCGGUGGAGGCAGCUGCUGCAAGGGAGAUGGCGGAGAGAGAGAGGGAUAAGGUGAAGGAGGAAGCUGAGGCGGAAGCAGCGGCUUUGAGGAAGGUUCUGGGAAUGCGGGAGUCGCAGCUGGAGAAGCUGCAGGCUCGGGUGGCCGAGGCUGAGGAGGUGGUUCGGGAGCUGGAGGAGGCUCGGGUGGAGCUCGAGAAAGCUCAGGGGGAGGUGGUUAGGGUUAGGGAGGAGAUGGGGGGAGAGAUGGAGAGAGUGAGGGAGAACAGUGUGAGAACAGAGGAGGAGGUGGAGAAGCUUAGGGCUGCUUUGGAGGGGUAUAGAGAGGAGGUGGAGGAGGGAGAGAAAAAGGUGAGUGAGUGUGAGAAGAGGCUAGAAGAGAGUGAGAAAGAGAGGAGGGCCGCUCUGGAGAAAAUGGAUUCGUUGCUUGGAGAGCUGAUGGAGAAGAGUGAGGAGAAUGAGAGGGUGAGAGAGGAGGGCGCUAGGCUGAAAGAGGAGGCCUGCCGGUUGAGGGAGGAGGCUAGUAGGCUGGAAGAGGAGCUGAAAGGGCGUGACGAGGAGAUUAGUAGGCUGAAACAUGAGGUUUUAAAGGUAAGUGCAAGUGCAGGAGCUGAUGGGGAGAGGGAGCGGAUGGAGGAGGAGGUAGUGCGACUUACUAGGGACGUAGAGCAGAAGGGAGCAUUGCUGAAGGUCGCUGAAGACGCAAGGGCAGCAGCUGAGGCGAAGAACGCGAGCCUGGUGAAGAAGGCGAAGGAGAGGAUCGAAGGCAUGAAGCAGAAGGCUGCAGUUGAGGCCCAGGCUGCUGCAGACGCGAGAGCCGAGGUUGAUCGACUGAAGCGGCUUCUGGAGGGGGGAGAGGGCAGAGGGCGAGGAGGGGGGGAAGAGGGAGGAGAGGGUGGGGCAGGGGAGAAAAGAGCAGAGGCGAAGGCAACGAAUGUUGAGGACGUGGCCGAGAUAGAGGGGCUUCGUGCCAAGGUCUCUCUCCUUGAAACGGAGCUGUCUCAGUUGAAGCAAGGGGAGCGGAGCGGGGCAGGAGCAGGGGGAGAAGGAGCAGCAGGGGCGGCAGCAGGGGCAGCAGCAGAGGCAGCAGCAGAGGCAGCAGCAGAGGGGGAGCGGGUGAGGGAGUCACUGAAGCAGGCACAGGAGCAGGUGGCGGGGGUGAGGGAGAAGCUAAGCAAGGCUGUGCGCAAGGGCAAGGCAAUCGAGCAGCAGAAGCUGAAGCUCGAAGCAGACCUCGCUGCUGCCAGGGCUGAGAUUGACGCUCUCAGGGCGAGCACUGGGGCAGGCGCAGGGACAGGGGUAGGAACAGGGCUAGGGGCAGCUGUAGCAGCAGCGGCAGGGGCAGGCGGAGGUGUAGCAGCAGGGGAGCAGGUAGACGAGCUGAGAGGAUUGUUGGCUGAGGCAGAAGAGGCGAGGAGGAAAGAGGUAGAGGCGAGGCAGAGAGAGGAGGAGGCGAAGAGGAAAGAGGAGGAGGCGAGGAGGAAGGCUGAGGAGAGGCUGAAAGAGACAGUGGCUAUGAUGGAAGGAGGGACAGAUGCUCUUGCGGGGCGAGAGAAGGAGUGUGAGGAGCUAAGUAACGAACUUACUGAGCUAAGAAAGUCUCUUAGCAGCGCUCAGGAGGAGGUUGCUAGGCUGAUGGGGGAAGUGGAUAGGUUGGAGGAGGAGGGUGGGAGGGAGAGGGCGGAUGCAGAGGAGAGAUUGGAGAAGGUGAAGAGGGAGAGUGAAGAGAUGGAGGGGUUUAAGAAUGGGAAAAUAGCGGAGGUGGAAGAGAUGUUGGCUAUAGUUGAAACGGAUCUUGCUGUAGCGAGGCGGAGAGUUGAGGAGCUGGAGAGGGAGAAAGCGGAGGUGGAGAAGGGGAGGGAGGAGAGGGAGAGGCGAGUGAGGGAGUUGGAAGAGGAAGUGGGGAAGUCGGGAGAGGAGGGGAGGGGAUUGGGGUUGGAGCUAGAGAGAGUGAGGGAGGAACUGAACGAGUGGAGGGGGGUGGCUGAGGAGAGGGGCAGGGAUGUGGAGGGAAUGAGGAGGGAAGUGGAGGAGGCGAGAGAGGAGAGGGAGGAGAGAGGGAAGGCGUUGGUGGGACUUGAGGAGAGAGUGAGGGAGUUGCAGGGGGAGCUGGAGGAGGAGAGGAGGAGGCGGGAGGAAGAAGAGGUGAAGAGAGUGGAAGAGGAGAGGAGGAGGGAGCAGGAGGAGAAAGCGAGGACGAGUGAAGGGGAGGGGGAGAAAGAGGUUGGAGACGCACGGGCACAGUUGAUGGAGAAAGAGGAGUGGUUGAGAGCGGUAGAGGGGCAGUUGAAGGAGGUUCAGUCCCAGCUUGCAACGGUUGAAGAGCGGUUGGUGGCGAUACAGGGAGAGAAGGAAGUAGCAGAGGAGAGAAUACGAGAGCUGGAGACUGAGAGAAGCGCGAGGGAAGAGAGAGUUUGUGCACUAGAGGAUGAGAAGGCAGGUUUGGCUAGGGAGUUGGAGCAGGAGAGGGAGAGGAGAGAGGAAGCGGAUAGGAAUCUAGUGGGAGUGCAGGGUGGGUUGGAUGAGGACAGGGAGGCGAGGAGAGUGGCAGAAGCUGAGCUGGAUAGUGUACGUUCUGAGCUGGCAAGUGCUCGUGAUGAGCUGGCACGUGUCCGUGCUGAGCUGGCAACGGCUGGUCGUGAUGAGGAGAGGAAGGAUGAAGGUGAAGCAGGAAGCAGUGGGGAGGAUGCUGAUGCAGUGGCUGUGAGAGAGAGAGUGAGGGAGCUGGAGGAGAGAGUGAGGGAGGAGGAGAAGAGAGUGAAGGAGGAGGGGGAGAGAGUGAGAUUGCAGGAGGAAAGACUGAGGGAGAAAGAGGAGAGAGUGAGGGAGGAGGUGGAGAGAGUGAGGGAGGAGGGAGAGAGAGCCAAGGAGCUGGAAGUGAAAGUGGCAAAAUUGGAGGGUGAAUUAGCAGAGCUGCAGUUGCAAUUAGAAAAGGAAAGGGAGGAAUGGAAUGUCACAAAGGAACAGCUUGGAGCAGAUAACGAACGAGCUUGUAACGAGGCUAAAGAGCAAAGGGACCAAGCAUCCCAACUGAGGACUUCCCUCUUGGAGCUUGAAGCACAGAGGGAUGCGUGGGCAGUUGAAAGAGAUGCUCUUGUAGCAGCAGAGCGGCAGGUGCAGGAUGAGAAGCGGGGUUUGGAGGAGCUGGUUGCGGUGCUGAGAGGUCGGAUUCAGGAGGUGGAGGCAGAGAGGGAUGGGUUGCAGGCAGCUGUUGGUCGGCUGGAGGGAGAGAAGGGGGACUUGCAGGAAGCAGUGGAGUGUUUGGAAGGGGAAAAAGGGCGAUUAGUAGGGGAGAGGACUGGUUUAAUGGCGGAAGUUUCUCGUUUGGAAGCAGAGAAGGAGGGUGCUCAGAUGGAGGAAGAGCGGUUGCGAGCCUUGCAAGAGAAGGAAGGAGAGGUGGAGAGACUGGUGAAGGAGGUGCGAGAAAAGGAGUUGAUAAUUGAGGAGUUGAGAGUGCAGGUUGGGGAGAGGGAUGGGGACCUUGAGAGGCUGAGGCAGGAGGUGGGGGAGAGGGAAUCGAUGAUGGGGGAGUUGAGAGAGCAAGUUGGGGAGAAGGAACGGGAGAUUGAGAAGUUGAAGAGCGAGGUUGGGGAGAGGGAUGGGGAGGUAGAGAGGCUGAGGCGGGAGGUGGGGGAGAGGGAAGGGGAGGUAGAGAGGCUGAGGCGGGAGGUGGGGGAGAAGGAGGCAGCAGUGGCGUCGGUGGCGGCGGCACGCAGCAAGGCAGUGGAGAAGCUGAAGAUGAUGGUUGAUAAGCUCAAGGAGGUGCAAGCACAGUCGGAGGCAGUGGUGCAGGAGGCAGAGAUGAGACUGGAGGAGAAGGACCGGGAGAUGGAGGAGCGGCUGAGAGAGAAGGAUACGGAGCUGCAGGGGGUGUGGGACCGUCUAAGAUUGGCUGAGGCUCGGUUGGGAGGGAUGGCCGGUGGCAGUGCUCCUGCUCCUGCUCCUGCUCCUGCCCCUACUGCUGCCCUGACCGCUGCUGUUUCUGGUUUCUCUGGCGAUCUGAUAGUUGAUGGUGGUGCUGCUGCUACUGGUGCUGUUGCUGGUGCUGGUAAUGGCGUUAGCAGUGAUGUUACGAAAGGUGGUGAGGGGGAAAGCAUGGCUGGUGGUGCAGCAGCUGGCACUUUGGCGCCACAACAGCAGAAGUCUGAGGCAGGCGGUGCUGCUCUUCCUGACGUGGCAGAGAAGGAUGCUGAGCUGGCAAGGCUGCGCGAUGAGGUGGCAGCAGCGGGCGAGGCGGUGAAGGUGCUUGAGGGGCAACUGGAGGCAGCAAGAAGGGAGGCAGAUGACCUGAAGCGCAAGGCAGUCCAGUCACCUCUGCCCUCUUCCUCCUCUUCCUCACAAUUAGCCUCAGCAUCAGCCUCCACUCUCCUGCCAGUCACCACGCAGAGGAAGGCAGCACCCGGGGGAAGUGCAUCCGACACGUCAGCAGAGUACCUGCCACUGCUGGCGCAGCAGCUCGCAACGUCAUCAUCCGCCUCGCUGGCGGGCCACACGGCGCUGCAGAUCUCUGACUCGUACCCCGAUGAUGAAGUGCACGGGUUCAAGUCAAUAGUCAGUGCCUUCCGUUUCCUGCCGUCCUUCCUGCACCCAGCCGCCAAGGGCAUCGACCGCCUAUGGUACGUGCCUGCUGCUCCUUCCAGCCUUCAAUGCUGCAUCUGCUCCUGCCUCCUGUUGCGUCUCCCACUCGUCACUCAACUGGCUUCUUUCUUUCAUUCCAUUGGGAGACAGUUGAGAUCUCCCACUCCAUUGGUCUUCAUCUCUCCCCCCACUCUUUCCAUAUCCCAGUGUGGUGGGAGGGCAGUCGCUGAUGGCUCGCCCCAUGAUGCGCCGCUGCUCGUGCUCUACUGGAUGGCCAUGCAUGCUGCGUUGCAUUCACGUCCCCGAGAUUCCUGCCGUCUUCCCUUCUGCUGCCCUCCUGUUGCCACCCCAACUCUUUCGCUUCACUUUCUACCUUUCUUCUUAUCUCUUUUUCUUCCUCCCCAUUCGUCUUGCUCUCCUUCCUCCCCACCCACCCCCCCUCUUGCACCAGUGUGGCGGGAGGGCAGUCACUCAUGGCACGACCCAUGA